AUGAAGAAUGAGGCAAGAGAAAUAUUAUGUGUACUUUCUAUGUACUAUCAGCGGCUGUGUUGUUUCCCGUAACAACAUGGACGCGGAUGCUAAAAAUAAUAGCUUUUGAAAUGUCUUGAUGAGAGUAUUCGUAUUCUUCAACAAUUUAGUCUUUCCCAGUCAAAAAGUAACUAUAAAUAAUAAAUAUGUUACUUUGGUGUAUUUUUUAUGUAAAAUAACUUACUACUCCACUCUACUUUGUGUUAAAACUUUGUUUACAUGUAAAAAACGCUUUCUAGAACACUUAAAAAGUUCAUGAAUUGCCGCCAUUGACGGCUUUCUCGGCCGCAAACUAAAGUGAGAUUGCACUCAAAAUUUCUCUGUUUUCAACUUUAAUAAUAUUAAAAUCCUAAAUUUUGUUGUUUAGUAAAAUCCAGCGUUUUUAAAUGUUCGUACUCAUCCUAAAUCUCUAAAAUUGAUAUCAGUUUUAUAAUUUAAUUUUCAGGUCGACGAGCUUCAUCGUAAGAACAUAUCAAACGAACGCCGAAAGGAAGUUGCACAAAUAAUCAUCAACCGAUUGUUAAACUUAACAGAUCUGGAUAAGAUGGACGAAAAUGGAGUGAAACAGCAAGUUCUUAAUGAUACAGUCACAAUACUUCAAACGAUCGUUGAUUUAAAUAUUUCUGAUAGCAAUCUCAACAUACUGGACCCAGCAAACAACAUAUUGGAUAGUAGAAACACGAAAUCGUGGAGAAACAUGUGCAUGAAGGUGAGUUAGUGAUAGAAAUGAAUUGGUUUCUAAAGAAAGACUAAAUCCUUCGUCCGUGCUUUUCUUCUUCUUCGUUUUAAUCCAUGAUGGGGUGGGCGGCCAACGCGGCCAUGGUACGUAUCCUCUCUCUUAGUUGUAGGAGCAACAUGUCCCUUAUCUCUCGAUCUCAUCCUCUGCCUUCCAUUGUUCAUCGCCUUUCUGCUAAGCAUGCUAUCUUCAAUGGAUCUUCCUCUUCUCAUAAUGUAUCCAUUCCAUUCUGGCCUUCUCUUCUUCUCUUUUCCUAAACGCCUGUGUGACAUUAUAACGUGUCUCACGGCUACUUGAUGUAUCCCUUGCUAUUCCUUCUAGGACGAUAAACUGAUUCGUGAUCUAGUCACAACCCUGGAAAAUUAUGCAUUCCAACAUGGAGAAAACUUAAAAAACAACUCAAAUGCUUCGACUAUAUUUCAAAACUACUCAAACGUACAGCUGUACGUUAAAUUCAUAAAACGAGAAGAUAAUUUGUCAGCGGAAGAAAGAUUAUUCGAGUUUCCAGAUGCGUCAUUCAACCUCUCGCCCGAUGCAUUACCGCAAAGUUCUGGCGCUGUGGUCGUUGUCUUGUGGUAUAAAACAAUAAAUUCCUUUCUAACAACCAGUCUUCACGAUGAUCAUAGUUAUGCAGAAAUUAACAGCAAGAUCAUGACUGCAAGUGUUCGACCUGAACCGAAAGACAAGUUUCUACAACCUGUUCGUAUCAGUUGGAACAUGAAAGAACUGGUAAUUCAAGUCUACUUUGUUUUCGACUGAAAAUGAAUGAAAAUAAUAGAACUGAAUAGAGCAAAAUAUAAUAUCAAGGUAGUAUAUUAAAGCCAGCCACAAAGGAAUGCAAUAGAAUACAUUUGUUAAAUACGAAUAUCACGCCAUGUAGGCUAAUAACUGAAAACAACUUGAAAUAUGAACUGUUUCUUGACCUUUUAGAACGACUCUGCAACAUGUGUUUAUUGGAAACCAGAAUUAAAUGAAAAGUGGAAAACAGAUGGAUGUACAAGAGUGAAAGACAUGCCAGACAGUGACAUCUUGAUAUGUGAAUGUGACCAUCUUACAGCCUUCGCUGCUAUGGAUAUUUCUAGAGAAAUGGUAAGAUUUUAGGCUCACAAUGUUCGAUACUUAAAAAUUUCUACCGUAAUAUUCAAAUAGUUUUAAAACAGUUCUUUUUAACAAAACCCAACGAUAUCGAUUUGAAUAUCGAUUUGAAUUUGCAUUCCCUCCAAUUGCUCUAAAUUGACUUGAAAAUCUCAAAUGGUAGACAGACCACGGUCAUAUAUAAGUAUAUUUUUUUUAGAUUGAGUGGCUUGUCCAGAAAUUCAACAAAGGGUUUAUAAUGAUGUAAUAUGCAUCUAGGUCCAGUCCAGCUUAAGUCGCUUGAUAAUACAUAUUACAGUGUUGGGUUUUUACUGUAAAUAUAUGCACUAUAUUCUAUAUUUACGUCAAGGUAAGCAAAACUGAAAGGCGAGCAUUGGAGUUGAUAUCAACUAUUGGGUGUUCUGUGUCGUUGUUUGGGAUAUUCCUGACCAUUCUCGCACACGCCUUGCUGUGGAGAAGACUUCAACAAAAUGCCAAGAGUAAAGUACCUUCGCAAGUUCUCAUGCAUCUCUGUGUAGCCAUUGGAGUGACGGAUAUCCUGUCUAUCCUGGCAGGACCCGCACACAAUUAUGAGGUAGGGCACUGACCUUAUAGACCUUAACCUGUGAUCAGCCGCUCUAAAAAUGAGGUUUCUUUUUCAAAAACGCCUGCAAUGACCUUACUUCUGUAAUCCUGUGGAAACUACGGACUUUAGAGAGUGGUAUCAAGAUUUGACAAUAUAUUGAAUGAUCAGUUAAAUGAUUGAAUAGUAGUAUCACCACAAAUGAAAGACAAUAAAAACUUUGUGAAUUUCAGCAGAAAACCUGCAUAGGCAAGGCCUACUGUAGUCCAAACACUCUGCUUAUGCCAAUAAUCCUCAGUUUGUCUUCAAAAUACGGUACAAAAGAAGAAAACCGAGUUCUGUCACAAGUGUUGAUAAAAGUUUUAAGGCAUUAUAAGCAUUAAACAUUGUAGUCAAAGUAUUCUAUACCAUGGCACAACACCAGCCACGAAUUAGCUUCAUGAUUAAAGACAAUUACCUAGCAAUAACACUGUCAUCUCAUGCUUUCCCUUUCUAGACAUUCUGUACAACCGUGUCCAUAUUAUUAUACUUCUUUGUACUUGCGGUGUUUGGAUGGAUGUUAUGCGAAGGAGUCAUCAUUUAUCUUCAACUUGUGAACGUCUAUACGGGAUUGAGUUUAGGAGGAAAACAUCUAAAGGUGUUCUAUGUGAUUGGCUGGGGUAAGUUGUUUUGGGAUAAGUGAUAAAGAACUGUGAUGCAUCUUGCGUUGUUACGAAGAAAAAUAAUAUAGUGAAAUAAAGGAAGUGCCGAAACGUUGGGGCAUGAAUUGUACGUUUUAUUGACAAUAAUACUGUACGAGUGCAUUUCCCAAACACACUUUAAUUAACAAAUGCUGUUAUCACGUGUUCUACUUUAGGUAUUCCAGUUGUAGUUGUAGCGGUGUUGGUCGCGCUCAAUGAUCGAAAAGAUUUUAUAACCAAGCACACAUGUUGGUGCCCUGGUGAUGGCGUGUUGUUCUGGACAUUUGUUUGUACCAUUGGCCUAAUCUUGCUGGUAAGCUUAGACGGGAAGAAGUGUAGUACAUCAUUGUACCUACCAAUGUACGUCGUUUUGUGAUGUUUAUAAAAUACGGAAAGAAAAAUCUUGCAUGAUUAACUCGGCACCGGUAUAUUAAAAUGGCCAUACUACAGUAAAUUCGAACAAGGGAAAUUGGGAUGAAAUAGCGAAGUAUAGGAUAUAAAAUAGCGACAUACCACACGAAGUCACAUCUGCGCAAAUUUUAUAAUCGACAUGAAAAAGGGAAGAAUACUGAGCAAAUUCCGAAAGAGAAAUGGCAACUUUCGGAAAUGGAACAUUAUCACACUCAGUGUGAUAAUGGAACUGUCGCUUAUCACACUGAGUGUGAUAAGGGACAGGAUUAGCCACUCUAAAAGACUUCCAGCUAUAAGUGUUCACGACACCUAAUAGACGUUUUAUGCUAUGUUCAUCUCUCUCUUUCUUUUCAGAUCAACCUGGUAAUCUUCGUUCUGGCCUUGCGAAGUGCAUUAUCGUCCAGCACAGUAAACACAGCUCGCUCACUAAGUCCAACAAAAGACAGUACUGGCACAACUAAGCCAACAGCUGGAACAACAUUAAGAAAAGCAAAACUCGGCCUCAAAGGUUCAGCCAUACUACUUCCAUUGCUUGGUCUGACGUGGGUUUUUGGACUGCUGGUUUUCAAUCGAGAUACGAUUGUGUUUAAAUAUCUCUUCGCCAUUUGUAAUUCUCUACAAGGAAUGAUGAUAUUUGUUUUUCAUGUUCUUAUAAAUAAAAAGGUACGUUUGGUCUUAUGGAAGAUCUUGUGGUCACAUUAUCCUAAUAAAGUUUUUUUUUUCAAGUAGUUCAGACACAAACUAAGGCAGCUAAAUAUAGAAUACUGCUUACACUGGACCACUAGGUUUAAGAUAUAUUUUUCAGGUAGUGAUCUACAGUGGAUUAACAACUGUUACUUAUUUCAUCUUCUAGAUCCAUGAAGCAAUCAGCAGGGAAAAGAAAGCUCGUGAAGCCAAACACAUAACCAAGAUUGCGGUUAACAAUACAUGUAAGUAAGAAUACGUACGUUGCCAAACAUUAUUUGACUGGCUAGUAUUUCCAUUUUUCUUUGUCCUCAAACCAUUUGUUAUCCGAAGCUAAGGGGGGGGAGGAGGAAUGGGAGUAAAGAGAAAUGUCACAAAGUGUCUACCACUGUUUAGGUCGACUCACUUGAUUAUCCCAAGGACAGUUGACACAUCUCGGUAUUCUCAGAUGAGUGAUUUUCUCUGUUCAUAUAAAGUUUAAUUUACCACAAAUAUACAUAUGUCUUUGACUUUUUGUAGGUGGUACACUAUCAACUAGUGACGGCAACCGCAGAAAAUCCAGUAUUCCAGUUACACCAACAUUCGCAAAGAAAAAUUUCAACAAGCCAGAAUCUCUUACCGUGAUUCAAAACAACACCACAGAGAACAACAAUGGUAGCUCAAAGCCAACCAAAUUGUAUUUAGAACCCGAAAGAAAUCAGAGAAACUGCAGAUCAAGGGGAAUGAAGAACAAUUAUACCACAAAGAACAACAAUAAUAGCUUGAAAUCCAACAGUAACAAGCCUGCAUGCCAGUUCAAUGCCGUUAUCCUGGAAGAUCUUGAACUAGCAAAGCCGAAGUGAUGUCAGCUGGCUUCCACCACCAAACGUCAAUGGUGCUAACAGCAGGAAACCCCCUGUUAAAAAUAAUUAAAGUGAUUUUAAUAGAUUAGGUGUUUACAUUGUAUGUAUCAUGCACUUUAGCUGUAAGCGGUUAACAUUAAUUGUGGCCAAGUCAUUCAUGUAAGGUCAUUUCAAUGCGUCACACACAUAAAAGUUAAGAAAUAUAGAAGAAGCAAAAAUGAGAUUGUCUUGAUCAUGCAUUAAAAUGGAUGACAGUAACAUGUGAAUAAUCCAGAGGAAGGCAAAGGAUGAGAUGAAGAUUAUGAUGGAGAUAUUGGACUUCAGUAGAAUGAUGUGGAUUUGACUCAGGAAAUUUUUUAUUCUUGGAUUUUUCUGCCAGGAAUAGAAAUGUACUUUCUAGGCCUGGCCUGAUCUCGAAAUAAAAGGAUGGAAGAACCUAAUAUCGAGAGUAACCCUAUCAAUAUCACCUGUAAUAAUAAUAACCCUAUCAAUAUAACCUAUAUAGACUAGAAGUUACUAUCGCAAGGAAAGUGCUGCCUCAUCCCCAAGAAAUCAAAGGCAGCAUGCACAAUUCGCUGAAUAAGGGGCUGUUUAUAUGAUCCAGCUUUGCCAGGACGAAAUAUGAGGCGGGACGAUUUCGAUGUAUUGAAAUAAGUCAUGGUCUACAACUGACAACAUUUGAGUUCUGUUAAUUUAAAUUAACCAGCAUUUGAACUUUCAUUUAACUUAGUGAUGGAAAUACAUCAAAAUCAUCCCACUUUCCAUCAUGUAAACAGCCCCUAAGAUGCCUGUUCAGAAUGUAGGAAAAGUGCAUUUUGAAUACCAAAACACCUUGCACAAUGUCGAAGGUCAGCUAAAUAUUCUAUAAUUCUACUUUCUUUGGCAUGGGUGAUUUUAUAUGAAUACCUUCAAUGCUUUUUUUAUGAUGAGAAUAACUUCCUUAUAUAGCGAGUCGAAAUUAUUCAACUUCUCAAACAGAAUUAUGUACACCACUUUUAGGUGGAAGCUCUGAGCAAACAAAUAUUUGUGUUGUUUUUGCAUGGGUGAUUUUAUAUGAAUACCUUCAAUGCUUUUUUUAUGAUGAGAAUAACUUCCUUAUAUAGCGAGUCGAAAUUAUUCAACUUCUCAAACAGAAUUAUGUACACCACUUUUAGGUGGAAGCUCUGAGCAAACAAAUAUUUGUGUUGUUUUUCUUUAGGUGCAUACGUACUAGUGCCGGUCACGCUUCUAGAAUCGAUAAUAAAAAUAACCUUUCUUUUCGCUGCAAAUACCUACUCAUAAACGUCAUGAAUGUCGUUCUGUUACUGGAUAAUCAUUUACAAAAGACGUCUGACUACACGUCUGUGUUUGGAUUUCAGCCCUUAAGCCCUUAAAACCUGUCUUAUACGCGUGAUAGACUUGACAACGUAUACGUAUAGUUGAUUCUUUUCAAUUUUUUUUGCAGUUGUUUUUACUUCUUCACAACGUUUUUACAUGCAGGCAGUACUUUUAGACUCAAUAGCGUUGGCUAUUGAAGAAAAACAUGGCUAAUAUUUAAAACCAAAUAUUGUCAGUGCAUCCAUUACGUCCGUUGAUUUUAUUGUUGUUUCUAUAUACGGCGCAGCUGUCUCAAAUUCAUGGCAAGUGCUAUCGAGGAUGAAGUUGCAUCCAACUUUCCACACCUGUUCUACAAGAGCAGAGUUUGGAAACAUCAGUUCGUUCUGCGUUUCGAGGAAAAGUUCUUGUCUCAAGAGAUUCCUUGCAAGGCUCAUCGUGACUGAUUUACUCAUUACAAGAAACUCAAGAAAGAUUGCUAUAUUCCUAACAAACUUGCGACCGUUGGAAGUUUCAGGAACAAUAUAUUCGUAGCAGAGACCACUUUACACGGCAAGAGCUUGUGAUAUAGCAACUAUUGAAUUUUAAACUAAUACUGUAUUCUAACGAAUACGUUCUGGCCUGGCAAAAAAGGCUUGAAGAAUCAAGAAUAAAGAGAAGAGACAAAAACUCUCAAUAAAUUUAGUUUCCAUUCAACCAAUCACAUCUAACACCAUCGUCCAUCAUCACCAAAAAAAUGGCGGCAUUAAAAUAUCUAGUGGUUGUAGUCAUAAUGACUGUACUACUUCUGGAAGACAACACAAUCAUACUUCUAGUAAACGCACAGCCACGGCAACAAAUGAUAACCUCGACGAUAUCAAAUACUCCAUCACCAGCUACAACGAUAUCAAGUACUAGUCUGCGAUAUACAACGAUAUCAAAUACCGGUGCAUCAUAUACAAUUAUGCCCCCGACGACAUCAAAUACAAGCACAAAAGGUACGUACAACCGUGCGACAUCAUAUUGCUGUUCACAAAAAGCAAAGACUGGUAAAAUUAAGACGGCUUGUGUAUCCGAUAUGAUCCGCGUCGCAUAGGUUACACUGAAAAGCGUAGAUGCGUUAUGUGCAUAAAAAAGAAAAAAAUAAUAGUUAAAUUCUGUUUCGUUUUAAAAGAUGGAAUACAUUUAUAUGUUUGUUUAGAUCCGACUACAAUUUCUACCACCAAGAAAGGCGCGCUGAGUGAAUUGGAGAAAGAGGCAAGAGAAAAUAUUAUUUAUGCCUAGUUAAACAUCGCGCUUAUCUUGUGCCGAACCUCAUGCAUGUAAAUGAUCCAAACGGCUUAUUGUUUACAUUGAUUCGCAUUAGGUUUAACACCUGAAAAGUUCAACGCUUGAACUCGGUCUUAGUUUUUUUCCCGCUCACUGACCUAUCUAAAUAAUCUUUCCCGGGAGUGGAUUGGAUUUCAUCUUCUAGCAAUGUUUAGUUGAACUAAAAACCUAAUCCAGUCCGAAUUAAACAAAGUGAAGUGGAAAUUUACGAGCAACAAAAUAAUUGUUCCAACUGGCAACGAACAGGUGCUUUCAACAGAUGUUAAGUACAAUUGUUAUAUGGCAAGGCGGUCCAUUUGUAAAAUUACCAAGUAGGUAACCCGUUAAGUUGACCACUCGCGAAGAAAAAUUUAAGACUUUCCCAAUCAAAAAAGACUAUAAACAUGUGAUCGUGGUACUUUUUUUAUAUAAAACAACUUACUACUCUACUCUACUUUGUGUUAAAACGUAACAACAGCUAUUUAGAACACUUAAAAAGCUCACAAGUUGCCGCCAUUGACGGCUUUUUCGGCAAACUGCAGUGAAAAAAAUGCGCAGAAAAUUGCUCUAUUUUCGAUUUCCGAACAUUGGAAAAUUUGUUGUUUAUUAAUUUAAAAUCCUGCGGGAAAUUCCAAAAUUGAUAUCAGUUUUAUAAUUUCAUUUUCAGGUCGACGAGCUUCAUCGUAAGAACAUAUCAAACGAAUACCGAAAAAUAGUUGUGCAAAAAAUCAUCAACCAAUUGUCAAACUUAACAGACCUGGAUAAGAUGGACGAAAAUGGAGUGGAACAGCAAGUUCUUAAUCAUGCAGUCACAAUACUUCAAAAGAUCGUUGCUUUAAAUAUUUCUGAUAGCAAUCUCAACAUACUGGGUCCAGCAAACAACAUACUGGACAGUAGAAAUACAAAAUCGUGGAGAAACAUGAAGGUGAGUUAGUGAUAGAAAUGAAUUAUUUCUAAAGAAAGAAUAAGUCCUUUGUUCGGGCUUUUCUUCUUCUUCGUUUAUCCAUGCAUGAUAGGGCGGUCGGCCAUGUGGUACGUAUCCUCUCUUUUAGUUGUAGGAGAAACAUGUCUCUUAUCUCUCGAUUUCAUCCUCUGCUAUCCAGUUGUUCGUCGCCUUUCCACUAAGCCUGCUACCUUCAAUGAAUCUUUUCUUCUCACAAUGUACCCAUUCCAUUCUGGCCUUCUCUUUUUCCUUUUCCUGAACGUCUGUGUGACAUUUUAACGUAUCUCACGGCUACUUGAUGUAUCCCUUGCUAUUCCUUCUAGGACGAUAAACUGAUUCGUGAUCUAGUCGUUACCUUGGAAAAUUAUGGAUUCCAAUAUGGAGAACACUUAAAAAAUAACACAAAUACUUCGACUAUAUUUCAAAACCAUUCAAACGUACAGCUGUACGUUAAAUUCAUAAAACGAGAAGAUAAUUUGUCAGAGGCAGAAAGAUUGUUCAAGUUUCCAGAUGCAUCAUUCAACCUCUCGCCCGAUGCAUUACCGCAACGUUCUGGCGCUGUAGUCGUUGUCUUGUGGUAUGAAACAAUAAAUUCCUUUCUAACAACCAGUCUUGACGAUGAUCAUAGUUAUGCAAAAAUUAACAGCAAGAUCAUGACUGCAAGUGUUGGACCUGGACCGAAAGACAAGUUUCUACAACCUGUUCGUAUCAGCUGGAACAUAAAAGAACUGGUAAUUCAAGUCUACUUUGUUUUCGACUAAAAGUGAAUGAAAAUAAUUGAAUAAAAUAGAGCAGAAUAUAAUAUCAAGGUAGUACAUUAAAGCCAACCACAAAGGAAUGCAAUAGAAGACAUUUGUUAAAUACAAAUACAACGCCAUGUAGUAACUGAAGACAACGCUAAAUUUUUUCUUGACCUUUAGAACGACUCUACAACAUGUGUUUAUUGGAAACCAGAAUUAAAUGAAAAGUGGAAAACAGAUGGAUGUAAAAGAGUGAAACACAAGUCAGAGAGUGACAGCUUGAUAUGUGAAUGUGACCAUCUUACAGCCUUCGCUGCUAUGGAUAUUUCUAGAGAAAUGGUAAGAUUUUAGGCUCACAAUGUUCGAUACUUAAAAAUUUCUACCGUGAUAUUCAAAGAGCUUUAAAACAGUUCUUUUUAACAAAACCCAACGAUAUCGAUUUGAAUAUCGAUUUGAAUUUGUAUUCCCUCCAAUUGCUCUAAAUUGACUUGAAAAUCUCAAUUGGUAGACAGACCACGGUCAUAUAUAAGUAUAUUUUUUAGAUUGAGUGGCUUGUCCAGAAAUUUAACAAAGGGUUUAUAAUGAUGUAACAUGCAUCUAGGUCCAGUCCAGCUUAAGUCGCUUGAUAAUACGUAUUACAGUGUUGGGUUUUUACUGUAAAUAUAUGCUCUAUAUUCUAUAUUUACGUCAAGGUAAGUAAAAAUGAAAGGCGAGCAUUGGAGUUAAUAUCGACUAUAGGGUGUUCUGUGUCGUUGUUUGGGAUAUUUCUGACCAUACUCAUACACGUCUUGCUGUGGAGGAGACUUCAACAAAAUGUCAAGAGUAAAGUGCCUUCCCACGUUCUCAUGCAUCUCUGUGUAGCCAUUGGAAUGACGGAUAUUCUCUCUAUCCUGGCAGGACCUGCACACAAUUAUGAGGUAGCUAGGCACUGACCUUAAACCUUAACCUGUGAUCAGACGCUCCAAAAUGAGGUUUCUUUUUCAAAAACGCCUGCAUUGACACUAUUGACCGCACCUUACUUCUGUAGUCCUAUGGAAACUACGGACUUUAGAGAGUGGUACCAAGAUUUGGCAAUAUUGAAUGAUCAGUUAAAUGAUUGAAUACUAGUAUCACAACAAGUAAAAGACAAUAAAAACCUGCGCAUUUUAGCAGCAAAUCUGCAUAUAGGCAAGGCCCGCUGUAGUCCAAACACUCUGCUAAGGCCAAUAAUCCUCAGUUUGUCCUCAAAAUAUGAACAACUGGUACAAAAGAAGAAAACCUAGUUCUAUCACAAGUGUUUAUACGAUUUUUGAGGCAUUAUUAGCAUUAAACAUGAAGUCAAAGUAUUCUACACCAUGGCACAGCAUACAAGCCAAGUAUUAGCUAAAUGAUUAAGGAGAAUUACCUGGCUAAUAACACUAUUAUUUUAUGCUUUCCCUUUCUAGACAUUCUGUACAACCGUGUCCAUAUUAUUAUAUUUCUUUGUUCUUGCGGUGUUUGGAUGGAUGUUAUGUGAAGGAGUCAUCAUUUAUCUUCAACUUGUUAACGUCUAUACGGGAUUGGGUUUAGGAGGAAAACAUCUAAAGGUGUUCUAUGUGAUUGGCUGGGGUAAGUUGUUUUGGGAUAAGUGAUAAAGGACUGUGAUGCAUAUCAUGAUCGCAUCUUGCGUUGGCAUCAAGAAAAAUAAUACAGCGAAACAAAAGAAGUGCCGAAAUGUUGGGGCAUGAAUUGUUUUGUUAACAGUACUGUACGAGUGCAUUUCCCAAAUACACUUUAACAAAUGCUGUUAUCGCCUGUUCUACUUUAGGUAUUCCAGUUGCAGUUGUAGCGGUGUUGGUCGCGCUCAAUGAUCGAAAAGAUUUUAUAACCAAGCACGCGUGUUGGUGCCGUGGUGAUGGCGUGUUGUUCUGGACAUUUGUUGGUACCAUUGGCCUAAUCUUGCUGGUAAGCUUAGACGGGGAGAAGUGUAGUACAUCAUAGUACCUACCAAUGUACGUUGUUUUGUCAAGUUUAUAAAAUACGGAAAGAAAAACCAUGCAUGAUUAUCUAUUCACUGGAAUACUAAAGUGACCAUAUUACGGUGAAUUCGCACAAGGGAAAUUGAGUUGAAAUAGCGAAGUUUUGGGUAUAAAAAGCAACAUACCAUACGAAAUCUCAUCUGCGCAAAUUUUAUAAUCGACAUGAAAAAGGAAACAAGAGCAAAGUUCCGAAAGAGACAUGGCAACUUUCGAAAAUGGAACAUUAAUAGUUUUCACUGAGUGUGAUAAGGGAUAUGAUUAGCCACUCUAAAAGCCUUUAAAAACCUCCAGCUAUAAACGUAACGACACGUAAUAGACGCUUUAUGCUAUGUUUAUCUCUCUCUUUCUUUUCAGAUCAACCUGGUGAUCUUCGUUCUGGCCUUGCGAAGUGCAUUAUCGUCCAGCACAGUAAACACAGCUCGCUCACUAAGUUCAACAAAAGACAGUACUGGCUCAACUAAAGCAACAGCUGGAACAACAUUAAGAAAAGCAAAACUCGGGCUCAAAGGUUCAGCCAUACUACUUCCAUUACUUGGACUAACGUGGGUUUUUGGACUACUGGUUUUCAAUCGAGAUACGAUUGUGUUUAAAUAUCUUUUCGCCAUAUGUAAUUCUCUACAAGGAAUGAUGAUAUUUGUUUUUCAUGUUCUUAUAAAUAAAAAGGUACGUUUGGUCUUAGGGAAGAUGUUGUGGUCACAUUCUCCUAAUAAAGUUUUUUUCAAGUAGUUCAGACACAAACUAAGGCAGCUAAAUGUAGAAUACUACUUACACUGGACCACUAGGUUUAAGAUAUAUUUUUCAGGUAGUAAUCUACAGUGGAUUAACAACUGUUACUUAUUUCAUCUUCAAGAUCCAUGAAGCAAUCAGCAGGGAAAAGAAAGCUCGUGAAGCCAAGCACAUAACAAAGAUUGUGGUUAACAAUACAUGUAAGUAAGAAUACGUUGCCAAACAUUAUUUGGCUUGCUUGCAUUUCCAUUUUUCUUUGUCCUCAAACCAUUUGUUAUCCGAAGCUUAAGCGGAUGGGGGAGAGGAGUGGGAGUAAAGAGAAAGGUCACAAAGUGUCUAGCACUGUUAAGGUCGACUCACGUGAUUAUCCCAAGGACAGUUACACAUCUCAGUAUUCUCAGAUGAGUGAUUUUCUCUGUUCAUAUAGAGUUUAUCACAAAUAUAUAUCUUUGAUUUUUUGUAGGUGGUACACUAUCAACCAGUGACGGCAACCGCAGAAAAUCCAGUAUUCCAGUUACACCAACAUUCGCAAAGAAAAAUUUCAACAAGCCAGAAUCUCUUACCGUGAUUCAAAACAACACCACAAAGAACAACAAUGGUAGCUCAGCCUCAAAGCAAACCAAAUUGUAUUUAGAACCCGAAAGAAAUCAGAGAAACUGCAGAUCAAGGGGAAUGAAGAACAAUUAUACCACAAAGAACAACAAUAAUAGCUUGAAAUCCAACAGAAACAAGCCUGCAUACCAGUUCAAUGCCGUUAUCCUGGAAGACCUUGAACUAGCAAAGCCGCAGUGAAUGUCAGCUGGCUUCCACACCAAACGUUAAGAUGGUGCUAACAGCAGGAAACCCUCUGUUAAAAAUAAUUUAAAGUAAUUUUAAUAGAUUAGGUGUUUAUAUUGUGUGUGUCAGAACGAUGCCUCAUGACAUGAUGAACAUAAAGGUAGAUGUGUACCAGAUCAGACAAGUCUCACACACAAUCUUUUUUCUUUUCAUUGAGUAGUCAUAUUUGUGAAUGUUAGGAGUCAAAUGUGUCUUUUAAGUUGUACAAAAUAAUGUAAAAAUACAGCGAG